GUGCUGCGUACCAAUAAAUUAAACACAAGCGCUGCUUUCUUGACUGUCGUAGUUGUUAAGGUAGGGAAUUUGUAUUGUUAAACUUCCACCUUUAUACUAAAUGGCAUCUGUUAAACAGGAAUCUCUCAAAUGAAAUGCAAAUCUUAAUGAGGAAACAAUACCAGGAUGAUUAAGACUGUUCAGCAAGCGUUGUUUUCCACUGGGCUACAAUUGCCUAAAUGGGAACCUGUAGAAAAUAAGGCCACAGAUUACGAAGUUCGAAAGUAUGGAGCCACAAAGUGGGUCAGCACUAAAGUAAUUGGAAUGGAACUAGAUCCGGCCAUCAGCAAAGGAUUUAUGAGACUCUUCAACUACAUACAAGGCAACAAUGAGAAAAAGGUGAAAAUAGAGAUGACUGCUCCAGUGACCUGCUUGGUGGAACCAGGUGCAGGACCUAUCUGUGAGACCACCUUUACCACCUCAUUCUAUAUACCUGAAGAACAUCAGGCUGAUCCUGUAAAGCCAUCUGACCCAGAUGUUUUUAUUGAACAAAGACCUGAGCUUACUGUGUUUGUCAGAGUAUUCGGUGGGUUUACAAAUGCACAGAAAGCUCAAGAAGAACUCAUAAAGCUGUCUCAGAGUUUGCAACGAGAUGGGCAGCAGUUUGAGGAAAAUGUGUAUUACACAGCUGGGUAUGACAGCCCCUUCAAAUUAUUUAACAGAAAAAAUGAGGUUUGGCUGAUUAAGAAGACAGGCGAAGAUGUCAAAACAGAAGCGUAAAUGCCAGUAUGGUGUUAGUGCAGUUUUGAUUUUGUCAAAAAUUUUAUAUGAAGGGAUUUUUAUUGUCUUGUUUGGAUAACUAAGUAACACUAAAUGUUGUGCAUCCAAGGAAGCCUAACGUGACUCGGUGCCUUUGGUAGUUUGCAGCUAAAGUACUGGUUCAGCAUAUAACAAAAAUGUAUCAAAUAGACAAGUCAGCAAAAAAAAACGGAAUCAUAAUGUUGCAUUUUUAGAAGCUUCAGCUGUUAAUUUUAAAGUAGUAUUUUUGAUUCAUCAUAAAAUGUUUAAAAAGUUGGGCAAAAGGCAUCAGCAGACAGUACAGUGUCAUGAUCUAUGGAGUUCUGAUUUCUGCUUGGGCCAACAGUGAUUGUUUGAAUAUCGGCAGUGUCAUACAUGCAAAAGGGUUACAGGGAUUUGCAAUGUUCAUAUAUUUUUUUUUAACAUUGUGUAACAAUAAAGUUUUACCUCUAAUA